AUGGCUUUCAUGGUAAAACAUAUGCUUGGAAAUCAACUCAAGGAUCUGACUGGGGGUUUGGCAGAGGAAAAACCAGAAGGUGAGAAGUCUGAAGCCGCGGCAAAAGGCAUGACCCAAGAGGAGUUUGAACAAUAUCAACAACAGUUGGAGGAGGAGAAAAUGGAGAGAGAUGCUAGUUUUGCUCAGAAGAAAGCAGAGAGGGCCACAGUGAGGACUCAUUUCAGGGAAAAGUACAGGCUGCCAAAGAGUGAACUGGAUGAGACUCAGAUCCAGCAGGCAAAGGAUGAUGUGGAGUUGCCCACAGAACUGGCGAAGAUGAUCGCCGAUGACAACGAGGAGGAAGAGCACAAGCAUUCUGUCUUGGGUCAGCUGACCAACAUUCAGAACGUGGAUCUUGAUCAGCUGAAGGACAAGGCUCAGGCCACCAUCGAAGACCUCAAACAGUCUGCUGAGAAAUGUGAGGUCAUGUGA